UCAAAGCAGAUGCAUGACAGACUGACAGACAGAAGCAGAGAGAGAAAGAGAGAGAGAGAAAGAAAGACAAUGACAACAAGCUCUGUGAUGUUCAUCAAAAGACUGUUGAGGAAAAGCAGUCAAGCUUCACGUGUGUCCAGAGACGGACGAGCACGAGGACAUACGCCCAAGAUGACAGAAAUCCAACACACGUCACACGACCCCGAAAGGAGAACUGUGUCGAUAUCCAAGCAGGAUGACACGGCGUUUGGGUUUAACAUGAGGACCUAUGAGAGUAACACUACAGACUCUGAGAUGUUAACGUGUGUGUGUUCAGUGAAGGAGAGCAGUGCUGCACAGAGCGCUGGAUUACAGACAGGUGAUGUCAUCAUCAGCGUCAACAGCAUUUGUGUGAAAGGUUUCGAACAUCAGCAAAUAGUCGACCUCAUUCGGAAGGACUCCUGCUUCCUGAAGAUGGAGAUUGUGAGGGGAACCUCAGUAAAACGAAAGGAACUACAAAAGAAGUUGGAUCAACUACAGUGGCAGCUCAGAGAGAAGAAGGCAGAGCUGCAGAUGAUUAUCAUGCAGGAAAAGCGUCUAAUAGGAGAUGAGCUCCAACACACACAGCCUCAGUCCUGCAUCGUAAUGGUGGAACUGACGCUUCACUCCUCUGGUCUUCUUCAGACCUAGAACUCUAAGAGGACGUUGUGUCUGUGAAACAUGUGGCCCAGAGACUCUCUCUCUCUCUCUCUCUCUCUCUCUCUCUCUCUCUCUCUCUCUCUCUCUCUCUCUCUCUCUCUCUCUCUCUCUCUCUCUCUCUCUCUCUCUCUCUCUCU